AUGCCUUCCAACCCCUCCAGAACCUCUCCAGAACAUACGCAGAAGAACCGGCCUGCUGUGUUCUUCCGGAACUCCGCCAUCGGCGACACCAUCAUUCGCUCCGUCGACGGCGAACACUUCCACGUCCACGCCGACAUCCUGUCCAGCGCUAUCCCCUGCUUCGCAGAUAUGCUCUCCCUCCCCCAGCCUUCUUCCUCUGCCGACAGUCCCCCAAGCGAUUCUGAAGUACUUAACAACUCAAAGAAGAAGCGCGUUAUCCUCACGCAAGAAUCCUCCACCGUCUGGACGACCUUCAUUCCCCUCUGCUACCUCCCGAACUUCCGCCCACCCGCGCUCCCCGCCAACCUCACGCUCGUCCGCGACUUCCUCGCCGCCGCCGACAAGUUCGAGUUGCGCGCCGCGACCGACUGGGUCUCCGCCUCCCUCCUGGGCCGCUGCCCGCUGCUUAAAGCGCACCCGCUGAGCGUGUACGCGCUCGCGUGGGCGUACAAGCUCCCCGAGGUCGCCCGC